AUGGCACUAGUCCGAAAACUUACUGCCUCGUCCUCUUCUGCUGCUCACGAUGGUAUCAAUCCAGGGAAGAUCAAAGUGCAGAUGAUCCGUGUAUGGAAGGGUGAUAAGAAUGAAUCAGGCAACUCGGUCGAUAUGGUUUUACUUGAUUCAUCGGGGACAAAUAUUCAUGCAACUAUAGGUGAAGCUUAUUCAAAAUGGAUUCAAGAUAUUGGUGGUGCAACGAUCAACGAGUCAAAUAGAGAAAAUAUUGAAAUUGAUGUUCUUGAAGAUUUGAUGAUAGCUGACUGCAAGGAUCCUAUCAAAACUUUAGUGAAGAAAAUUUAUGGAGAAUCUUUUCCAGAGUCCUAUAAUCCUGGGUUUUUUCAGGGGAAAGCUAUUUUGUGUUCUACAAAUGAAGAUGUGAACCAGAUUAAUGAUUAUAUGCUUUCGCAGAUAUCGGGUGAAGAAACGGUGUGUCUGAGCGCUGACAGUAUUUCUCCAUUGAAUUCACACCCGAGUGACUACAUGCGAUACCCUCCAGAACUUUUGAAUAGCAUCAAAGCCCCUGGAUUGCCUAACCAUUGUUUGAGAUUGAAGGUUGGUGUUCCUGUCAUCUUACUACAGGACAUUAUGCCUAACCAUGGACUAUGUAAUGGGACAAGACUUCAGAUUACACGACUGGGUGGUUUUGCGCUUGGGGCUAGAAUUUUAACAGGUGCUAGGAUUGGGGAGGAAGUCAUUAUCCCAAGGAUACCUACACAUCCAACAGACGAAAAUUUUCCCAUCAAAAUGCAGCGUAAGCAGUUUCCUUUGGCAGUUUCUUUUGCAAUGACUAUAAACAAAAAUGAAGGUCAGCCACUUUCCAAGAUUGGUAUCUAUCAACCAAGACGAGUGUUACCUCAUGGACCUAUGUAUGUUGCUGUAUCCAAAGGGAAGACUAGAGAUGGUUUGAAAGUUCUUAUCACAAAUAAAGAUGGGAAACCUAAUGAAGAAACCUCAGAUGUUGUGUUCAAGGAGGUAGGUGUUUCAGAAGAUUGAGUCAAGAGG